AUGGGUCCUAGCUUCGGUCAUCGGCUUCCCAGCACUCCAACUAAGAGUUUGGCAAGUGUUGUGAAUAGCGACAAGUUCCGACUGCUGGAGAUAGCACGUGUUCUAUUUCCCUGCAAUUGGUCUUUGCUUUCAAUCAUGGCACGCCGAGGAUUGAUGGAGCAGGACCUAACCAAGCUUGAUGUCACCAAGCUCCACCCGCUGUCACCCGAAGUCAUCUCGCGCCAAGCGACCAUCAACAUUGGUACAAUUGGUCACGUGGCCCAUGGAAAGUCUACUGUUGUGAAAGCUAUAUCUGGAGUUCAGACUGUUCGCUUCAAGAAUGAGCUUGAACGUAACAUCACUAUCAAGCUGGGCUAUGCUAAUGCAAAAAUAUAUAAAUGCGAGGAUGACAGAUGUCCACGACCAAUGUGUUACAAGGCUUAUGGAAGCGGAAAAGAAGAUACUCCUGCCUGUGAUGUUCCUGGGUUUGAAAACACCAGGAUGAAGCUCCUGAGACAUGUUUCCUUUGUUGAUUGCCCGGGCCAUGACAUUCUCAUGGCUACAAUGCUUAAUGGAGCAGCUAUCAUGGAUGGAGCCUUGCUUUUGAUAGCAGCAAAUGAAAGCUGCCCACAACCCCAGACAUCCGAGCAUCUUGCAGCUGUUGAAAUCAUGCGUCUCCAGCAUCUCAUAAUUUUGCAGAAUAAGAUCGAUCUUAUCCAGGAAAGCGCAGCAAUGAACCAGCAUGAAGCAAUCCAAAAAUUUAUCCAGGGCACUAUAGCUGAAGGUGCUCCUGUGGUGCCAAUAUCUGCACAGCUGAAGUACAACAUUGAUGUGAUCUGUGAAUAUAUUAUUAAGAAAAUCCCCAUUCCAGAAAGGAACUUCACUUCACCUCCCAACAUGAUUGUUAUUCGCUCCUUUGAUGUCAACAAGCCUGGUUCAGAGGUUGAUGAAAUUAGGGGUGGGGUAGCAGGUGGCAGCAUCCUCAGGGGAGUCCUCAGGGUGAACCAGAAUAUUGAAGUUCGCCCUGGCAUUGUCAUGAAGGAUGAGAGUGGCAACAUCAAAUGCACCCCAAUCUAUUCGAGGAUCGUCUCGCUCUACGCAGAGCAGAAUGAACUCCAAUUUGCUGUGCCAGGAGGGCUUAUCGGUGUGGGAACCACCAUGGAUCCAACUUUGACUCGUGCCGACAGGCUGGUUGGCCAGGUUCUAGGAGAAAUCGGGUCACUUCCCGAUGUAUUCGUGGAGCUUGAGAUCAACUUCUUCCUUCUCCGAAGGCUGCUGGGUGUGAGAACGAAGGGUACAGAGAAGGCAGGGAAGGUCUCCAAGCUCACCAAGGGCGAGAUCCUGAUGCUUAACAUUGGAUCCAUGUCUACCGGCGCCCGUGUGGUGGCCGUGAAGAACGAUCUCGCCAAGCUCCAGCUCACCGCGCCCGUCUGCACUAGCAAAGGCGAGAAGGUGGCCCUGAGCCGCCGUGUCGAGAAGCACUGGCGCCUCAUCGGAUGGGGCCAGAUCCAAGCUGGCGCGACGCUCGAAGUCCCACCAUGCCCGCUCUGA